AUGGAGGCUUCAAAAGAGACGGGCUCCCAAUCUCCAGAAGAACCCAUUCUUUGUGUCAACAACUGUGGCUUUUUUGGCACAGCAGAGACUAUGAACAUGUGCUCCAAGUGCUACAAAGACAUGAUACUCAAACACGAGCUUGAAAUACUCGCAGCAACAUCUACUGAAAAUAUUGUGCACGGUGGCUCUGGCAGUACCCACAAGGAACCAGCAGUUGGUGACGCCAUUAAUUUGCAAGCCGGAGAUGUGCAGUCAAAAUUUUCCACCACUUUAGCACCGGGUGACUCAUCAUGCUCAAACCAGGAUUCAGAGGUGAAAGUUAAAGUGGGACCAAAUAGGUGCUGCAGUUGUGGGAAACGUGUUGGUUUAACAGGUUUCAGUUGCAGGUGUGGAAACUUGUACUGUGCAGAUCAUCGCUACCCUGACAAGCAUGAGUGCUCAUUUGAUUAUAAGGCUGCAGUGGGAAAGGAUGCUAUCAGGAAAGGCAACCCGGUGGUCAAGAAGAAAAGCUUGACAAGAUCUAGGAGCCAGAUGCAAUGGCCGUCCCCAGAGUUCAGUAACAAAGAAGGAUUCUUUUGUUCUAUGUCACAGCAUUCUCCUUGUGAAAUGAUAAUUUGUGCAAACAUAGGAAUCAUUUGUAUCCCCUUUGAUUUUGAGGCUAUGGAGGCGUCAAAGGAGAAAGGCUCCCAAUCUCCAGAAAAACCCAUUCUCUGUGUCAACAACUGUGGCUUUUUUGGCACUGCAGAGACUAUGAACAUGUGCUCCAAGUGCUACAAAGACAUGAUACUCAAACACGGGCUUGAAAAACUCGCAGAAACAUCUAUUGGAAAUAUUGUGCACGGUGGAUCUGGCAGUACCCACAGGGAAGCUGCAAUUGGUGACACCAUUAAUUUGCAAGCGGGAGAUGUGGAGUCAAAAAUUUCCACCACUUUUGCACCCGGUGACUCAUCAUCCUCAAACCAGGAUUCAGAGGUGAAAGUUAACGUGGGACCAAAUAGGUGCUGCAGUUGUGGGAAACGUGUUGGUUUAACAGGUUUCAGUUGCAGGUGUGGAAACUUGUACUGUGCAGAUCAUCGCUACCCUGAAAAGCAUGAGUGCUCAUUUGAUUAUCGGGCUGCUGGAAAAGAUGCUAUCAGGAAAGCCAACCCGGUGGUCAAGAGAGAAAAACUUGACAAGAUCUAG